UUGUUGCAGAAGGUGUUGAGCUCUGUUUAAAACACUGCAGAGUGGCUCGCCAGUGUUUUCCUUGCAGGCCUAUCACAAAUUACCGAAGUUGGCAAACCCAACUCCAAAACUCUUCCAGUUCAUUUCUACACCAGGCUCAUGCUACCCUGAGCAACGUUUGGCAGUAGAAGGGCUAUCCUAUCAGUCCAGCUCUAGACAGCCGGGACGGUGAACCUUAAGGACUCUGGAUUUGUCUCAGACGGUCAGCGGCGCUAUGGAUGAGGAUGCUCUGCUCGAUUACGAGUACCCGGUGCUGGAGCCCGUACCGCCAAGGGUACAGCUUGAAAUAAUCUCCCCGUGUGACCCCACGGCUGACGACAGACUCUACCACAUUUGCAUCACUGCUGUGUCUCUUGUCGUCAUGCUGAUCCUGGCCAUUCUAGCGAGGCGGACCAAGCUGGCCGACGGACAGAGAGGACUGCCAGGGCUGCUCAGUCCGGUCAACUUCCUGGACCACACCCAGCACAAGGGCCUGGGCGUGGCGGUGUUCGGCGUGCUCUUCUGUAAACUCUGCGGUCUGGUGGUCUCCCCGAACCCCCUGCCCUUCAUCACAGACCCAGAGAACAAACAGAACUGGAUGAUCCUGGCCCUGCUGUACUACCCGGCGCUGUGCUACCCGCUCCUGGCAUGUGGGACCUUACAUAACAAAGUGGGCUAUGUGCUCGGUAGCCUGUUGUCAUGGACACACUUUAGCGUCCUGGUGUGGCAGAAAAUCGACUGCCCCGCGACACCCCAGAUCCACAAGUAUUACGACCUCUUCGCCAGCCUUCCACAAAUAGCCUGCUUGGCAUUCCUCAGUUUCCAGUAUCCGCUCCUCCUCUUCAAGGGCUUAAAGGGCACAGAGAAGAAUAAUGGUGGAGAGGAUCUGGACAGCAGCUACUACAGAGACUAUGUGAAGAGAAUCCUCCAGAAGAAGAAGCCGUCCAGUGUUGGAGCAUCAAGCACAGAGAAGCCCCACCUCCUCCGGAGGAUGGAAGAGGCGGUGAAGUCUUACAUUUAUACACCUGAGGAUGUUUUCCGUUUUCCUAUGAAGUUGGCCAUAUCUGGUGUGGUUUCCUUUAUUGCCCUUUACCAGGUUGCCCUGCUACUGGUUUUGGCAGUGGUGCCAGCGCUUCAAAUCGCCCGUAUGGGUGUCACCGAGGAGAUCGCAUACCUGCUGGCAGGCUUCAAGAUUCACCUGUCCUCGGACAACGCAGAGGUCGUCCGGAUCGUGGUGUACUACAUCUGGUGUGUGGAAGUGUGCUACGUCUCAGCGCUGACCCUGGUCUGCUUGGUCAACCUCGCAAUGCUCAUGAGGUCCAUGGUCCUGCAUCGGUCCAACCUGAAGGGCUUGUACCGAGGAGACAUCUACAGCGUCUACCACUGCCAGAGGAGCGUCAGGCCGUCCCGCCCGGCACUGGUCUGCUGGAUGGGCUACACCAGCUUCACGGCCGCCCACCUCUGCUUAGGCAUGAUCAUCCAAACCCUGGUGUUCUUCCUCUGCCUGUUGGUUGCAGUCUUCCUCAUCAUUGUCCCUGUCCUGCAUGGAGAGAACCUGAUCCUCUUCAAGCUUCUAUGGAGCAUGUGGCCUUUCUGGUUGAUGCUUCUCCUGGCGGUGCUGAUCCAACACAUCUCAGCCAGGUGUUUCUUCAUCAAGAAAACAGCGGGAACCAGAGACCUCGACAACAGGGGCGGUCUGUUCCUGAUGACCUACCUGCUGUUCCCGGUCAACGUGCUGCUGGGCGUCCUGCUGGGGGUGUGGCGCAUGGCCAUCACCGCCCUCUUCAACAUCGUGCACUUGGGCCGCACGGACAUCAGCCUCCUGAACCGCAGCGUGGAGGCCUUUGACCCAGCCUACCGCUGUUACGCUCAUUAUCUGAAGAUUGAGGUGAGCCAGUCCCACCCGGUGAUGAAGGCCUUCUGCGGCCUUCUGCUCCAGGGUGCCGGCCAGGACCCCGACCCCACCCAGAGAGAGCGGGAUGCCGAGGAAGGGAUCCAGCUGGUCCAGCAGGAGAAGAAACUGCAGAAGGUGUCUGCGGCCAAGAGGGCCAGGGCUCACUGGCGGCUGCUCUACACGCUGGUCAACAACCCCUCCCUGGUGGGCAGCAGGAAGCACUUCAAGCACCGCGCCGCCGAGGGCUUCCUGAACGGGAGCCUGAAGCCCACCGCUUCCACGAAGGGCAGCAAGAGGGAGGCGGCGACCAAGGAGCCGGCAGUGCCCGCAACCGGGAACUGAGCGUGUCACUUCCCCUUUUCCAGUUCCCUUUUCCUUUGGAGAGUAGAGACUUCAUUCGCUAAGGCUUCUUCUUCUUCUUUUUUCAAGGGGUUUAUGUCCGUGGAUCAAAUGGGUGCAGGCUUUAUGCAUGCAUAGAUUUCUGAUCUAUAUUUUGCUAAAAAAAAAAAGAAGAGAGAAAUAAGUGCACUUAUAGCAACGUGCCUCAGGUAGUGCUUUAAUGUUUCCAGUUUAAUCUUGCGAGGUCUCUGGUCCCACGGUCCGUGUGUCUGACUGUCCGACUGUGUCUUACUCUGUGACUGUCUGACUGUGUGACUGCCGCGUCUCCAGCAGAGCAGAAGACCAGCGUGUGUGUGACGGAAUUCUUCCGCAGUCCACGCUAUUUGAAAGGAUGCAUCGUUCUAUCUGACCUUGUGCAUUUAGUUAGGGGUGUCACCUUUUAAAACAUGAACAUAUCCAUUAGUGUGGCUUGAGGUGUAUUUUGAUCUAAUGGUGUAUGGAUUCCUUAACAAAAGAAAAAGGGGUUAAAAUUAGCCUACAUCCUUUUCCAGAGCGCAACUGUGAUGAGUGACUAUUUAUAAAUUAACAGAAUAUUAUUUUGGGAGACAAAUAAAUCAUUUUCAUUGUGUUAUUAGAGUAGGCCUCUAUUUGUUAUUUACAUCAAACUUAUAUUAUGUGUAAAUUGUAUGAAGGCCUACAGUAAAAUAAUAAAUUAUUUUUCAUGCCCUCCUCUA